AAUUUUUAAGUAAUAAAAACAAAUAAAAACUGUAUAACUGCCAAAUAAUUAAUGAUAAUAAACUUCUCCGAAUAAUCACCGCUGCUCCUACGCUAUUAUAUAACGCUAAACAUCGUUGGCAAAAACUAAAACAGCGGCAAAAGUUCAAUUAACUACUCUCGAAAAUAAUUAUAAAUGUACUUGACGCUGUAAUAAAGUAGCUGUCAUGCGUAAUUGAUUGUGGAACAUAUAAUAAAAGCAACAAAAAUAGCCAAAUACUAGCAAAAUUAACAAAACGUGCCAAAAAGGAGACAGAAAAAAAUAUUUAUUCACAGAGCUACACCAAAGCGAAGAAAACAUCAUAAAAAUAUAAUAUUUAUUUCUUUCUAAAAUAUCUUAAGUACUUACUUUUAAAUAUUCAUACAUAUCACACAAAAUGAAUCCAGAAUUAUCGAAAAUUCAAAGUAGCAGUAUUGCGCUCUCGCCGCUCAUUACCAAAGCACUCAAAAAGAAGCCCACAAAGCCAUUGGGAGAGCGUAAAAAGGCGGUGCUGAGACAGGAACUUAUGGUAUUGCUGGGUAAUACCUGCGUGGUGGCGUCAAGCAUGGCAGUGUCCCUGCCUUCUGUUUCAUUAACUCAAUUGACUAGUAAGGAUGAUAUUUAUCAACUCAGCACCGAAGAGAGCAGUUGGUUUGCAUCAAUCAACAGUAUGGCCUGUCCCUUUGGCGGUUUGAUAGUAGGUUAUCUAAUGGAUCGCUUUGGACGCAAGAAUACAAUGCUUCUGACCAAUUUAGUGGGCAUUAUCGGUUGGGCUUUGCUAGUCACGGCUCCCUACCAAAGCUCAAGACACGAUAUUUUUCUACAACUACUCGUUGGACGUUUUAUAUCAGGUCUGAUGAUGGGCGCAGCAAUAUCACCUAUUGGUUCAUACUCCGCAGAAAUCAGUUUGCCACGCAUACGUGGACGCCUUAUAUUGGGCACAUCAAUUGCCAUUGCAACGGGCAUAUUGCUGAUGUAUGUGCUGGGUUACCUUAUAAGAAAUCAAUUUCAAUUAAUCUGCUUAAUCUCAGGGAUUUAUCAGUGCGUUGCCUUCUGCUGUGUGUUACCCAUGCCCGAGUCGCCUAGUUGGUUACUACAGAAGGGCCGUUCGGAAAAGGCACGCAAGUCGUUGAAAUAUUUCCGUGGACUCUCUGAGAAUGACAAAACCACCUACGAUGAAUUCGAGAAGGAAUUGGCGUUGAUGAAGAAAACUUCGGAUGAAAGUCGCACUGAAGCGGCAAAUGAAUCGCUGCUACAGGCUGUGCGCUCACCUGAAGUUUACAAGCCGCUCAUCAUGAUGAUCGGAUUCUUCUUCUUUCAACAAUUUUCCGGUGUUGUUAUUAUCAUUGUGUUUGCGGCGCAAAUAGCGAUGAGUGCAGGCGUUUCUGUCGACCCUAUGCUUGUGGCGAUUUUUGUCGGCAUUGCACGCAUCAUUACCACCUUUUUCAUCAGCACAAUAUUCGAACGUUGGGGUCGUCGACCGGCGGGUAUGCUUUCGGCAACAGGCAUGACAAUCUCCAUGUUCUUGUUGGCGGCUAACGGUUGGUACCCAGUCAUCGGUGAACAUUUGCCACUGUUACCCAUAAUUUGCAUUAUCUUGCACAUCAUCUUUUCGACGCUGGGCCUGCUCACGUUGCCCUUCUUGAUGAUCUCUGAGGUGUUUCCGCAACGUGUGCGUGGCAGUGCUAACGGUUUCACGCUCUUCAUUGGUCUGACUUUCUCUUUCAGCAUAAUUAAGCUAUAUCCCAGUGUGCAAUCGCUGAUCGGCACACCGAAUAGCUUCGCCGGUUUCGCUCUCAUAUCUCUAAUCGGUUUGCUGUUCAUCAUUUUCGUUGUGCCGGAGACCAAAGGCCGUACCUUGUUGGAAAUUGAGAAAUACUUCCGUACGGGUCGUCGUGUUACAAAUGCACAAGUGGCGCGUCGCCAAUCACAAAUCGCGAUGGAAGUGGCAGCGGGUAAUUAUAGUUCGCAAUAUGAGUUGGAUGAGGUUAUUAUGCGUUUGAGCAAACUGCAUGAAGACUGUGAGGCGUGUGAGAAUGAAUAGCGAAGUCUAUGAUGGAACUAAAGGCAGUUUUCCGUAGGUGCAAGUGUACUUAAAGUUUAAUUUUAUUAAAAAUAAUUAUACUGUGAUGAUUGCUGGAUUUUGCUACUGAAAUUUUUAUAUAUACCAAAAUUAGCCUGGAAUUAAGGUAAAGAAAAUAAAUUAUAUAAUAAAUAAGAAU